GGCUACACGUUUCAUACGGAGAAUAAACGCUGAACCCCAACAUGGCCGCGCGCAUAAACACGAGAAUAUUAUUUCGAAAUUUGAAAAGCAUCUCUUUAAUCCCACGACGGAAUCGUGUGAAAACAAAAUGGGCGACCACACAGCCAAAGUUUCCUUCCACCCGCCUGGCCUUGGAGAACUUCGACGUGAAUUACGGCACACAGCUGGGCGAUCUCUGGCCAUCCGUGCGAGUCGCCAUGCUCUGCGAGAGGAAAUACGGAGCAUUGGUCAACAACUUUUCUGCAGCAGCAGAAGAAGUUAUGGAAGAAUUACAGUCACAGGGGGCCAUGGACUUUAUUUGCAGUGACGUUCUUCAAAGGGAUGAGGUGCAAGGCACUACAGAGGAGCAAGACGAUAAACCUUUAUCUGUCAACGGCCCUUUUCCCACGUCAGAAACGGAAGAAGAGACUGUGCGCCCAGGCCUCAGCCCAAAUAUCAAGUGCUUUGUGUUCCCGAAGAGUGACAUCUCUCGCUUCAAGCCUGCCAGACCAGAUAGCAACAGAACCCUAGGAUACUACCUAAUGGAUGCAGCUUCUUUGCUGCCUGUCCUGGCCUUGGACGUCCAGGAGGGCCAUACUGUGCUAGAUCUUUGUGCUGCUCCUGGGGGGAAGACCCUAGCUCUCCUACAGACUCAGGCCUUCGGUUAUCUUGCUGUCAACGACUCUUCGGUGUCUCGUAAGGCCCGUGUGCUCCAGGUCCUGCAGAACUACGUUCCCAGAGAAUACUGGUCAGACGACCGGGUCCGCAUCACUUCCUUAGACGGCCGGAAGUGGGGCGAGCUGGAGAGCGACACGUUCGACAGAGUUCUUGUGGACGUGCCUUGCACCACUGACAGGCAUUCUCUGCUGGAGGCAGACAAUAGCAUCUUUAAUAGGUCCAGGAACAAGGAAAGACAGAUGCUCCCCCUGCUGCAGACAGAGCUCUUGGUGGCAGGGUUACAGGCAGUCCAGCCCGGGGGUGAUGUGCUGUACUCCACAUGCACGCUGUCUCAGCUGCAGAAUGAGUAUGUGGUGGAGAGGGCCAUGCAGGUGGUGCAGGAAGAGUUUGGCAUCACAGCCCAAGUGCAGGACCUGGGGCCAUUUACCCAGCUCUUUGGGGACACCUUCCGCUUCGCCCCCAAGCCCCGCUUCGGGGAGCUGGUUCUCCCGCACCUCACCGCCAACUUUGGCCCCAUCUACCUCUGCAAGCUGCGCCGCGUCCACUAGCCUCACCUGUGAUUGGCCCGAGUGGGUCAUGUGAUUUGCAGGAUUGUCAGAAGGAUGCCUUAUGGAGACCAGAGCUUCGUGAUUCCCGGGUGUCCCUUCUGUUGAAACUUUGCAGUUUGCAUUUGAUGGAGAAUGUGACACUCUGUGAUGUUCCUCAUUUUCAUUAAUUUUGUUUUUUUAGAUCAUACAUGGUGAAUGGUAAAUGGUCUGCAUUUAAAUAGCGCCUUUAUCCAAACCGCUGUACAAUUGAUGCCUCUCAUUCACACACUCGCACACCAACGGUGAUUGGGUGCUAUGCAAGGCGCCAACAGCAGCAAUUGGGGGUUGCUCAGGGACACUUCGACACACCCACGGCAGGGUCGAACCGACAACCCUCCGACUGCCAGACGACUGCUCUUACCUCCUGAGCCACUACGUUAUAUUGACGAUACAUGAUAUUUCAUCAGCAGUCUGUUGAAUUUUAAACGAUGUUUAAACGUGCAUCUUUAUAUGAUUAAUGUCUGACAUGUUUGCCUUUCCUCUUACCUGCGAUUAAUCUUCAUUUAAAGAGAAAAUAAAUUUUUCUUGAUCUGUGGGAGACUAUAUUGUCCCAAAGGGGAAAGUCAUGCGGCAGCAUAAUCCAUUUAGAUCGAGAAAUUAGCUACUACAAGACAUGUAAUGAAAUCUCUAUUAAUAUUUCUGUAGAUUUUAGUAUCAUUUGUGUCUCAUUCUCAUUCUCAUCUACCAGUCCUUUUUCCCCUGUCAAAUUCCCAUGUAUUCUCCUCCACUAUAAAUGCAUUUUUCAAGAGAACAUAGUUACGAAAGCCUUUCACGACUUCCGUUAGCGGAGCGAUUCUACUGAAUUUCUCUUGCACUUCCUCCUCUGGCCUGUAGGUGACAGCAGGAGACCGUUCUGCAGUAGAGAGAGCCAGCAGUGAAGUUAUUCCAUUUGCGAAAGUCAGUUUUGUUCCUUGUGAUUUCACAAGAAUAUUAGUCAUCUCAUUGAACAGAAAUGCAUUUUCAGAUUGUUUCACAGCAAUUGGGCAUAUUAUAUCAAUGUCAUUUUUGCCAGUUCAGCUCAUUGGCAUAACCUUUUUAUUUUACUUUUUUUAUGAACCCUGACAGGCAGCAAUAGAAAUAAAUGGCUGAUGCUAUCCAAA